UCAUUAGAAAUCAUUGAUAUUUGAUAAGAAAAAGACUCUUCCUAGUUUCCUGUCGAUGAGAAAUUCAAAAAUUAUUCAUAUUUCGAGGAAAUGAAGGUUGAAAUUAAAAAUUCCCCGUUUCGUAUCCGUUUCUAACUCAUUUAUAUCAUGUUCGAUCGCGAGAUAAUCAAGUAAUACAUGUAAUUUGUUUUACAUGCUGAUCAAAUACCAGCUCAAUAUGUAAAGAAACUCAGUGAUUUAUCAUCAAAUAGAAGCAUACAAUAUGGAAAUUUUUCGUACGGAAAAUUUCUUCGUACUCUUAUGUGGUGAAAGUAGCCUUUGGAUCGAUAAAAAAUCCGGAGAAUUAUCCAUUAAACCAGCUUGGGAACUGGCUAAUGGACAAGAUCCGGAAUGUUUGGGUAUAUUUUUCGGUUUCAUCGGUCGUAUUCAAUGCCCAGUUAUCGAGGAUUACAUAUUACUAGUCAGAGAAAGCGUUUGUGUUGGAGAGUUACCUUCUGGACAUGCUGUGCAUAAGAUCAAAUCUAUAGCUAUGUUCAAUCCUACAGUCGAUUUUUAUCAAGAUUUGAAUUUGAAACCGUGUUCUAAACAUCAUAGAAUCGCCUACAUGCAAGAACAAAAUAUCGCCAAUUCAGCCAUAUCAAAGACAUGGACUUCGUUAAAAACGGCUACUACUAAUAUUAAAACAUCGGCUCAGAGUAGUACUCCUCUACAAUUCCCUAAUCAGAACCGUAAAGAAGCCAGAGAACGUGAAAAAUAUAAAAGACGUAUUAAGGAAGAGCUGCAUAGAAUAUUCACAGAUACAGAUUCGUUUUACUUUUGUCCAGCCGGAGGCGAUAUUACCAAUUCUACUUACAGACAAUACUUAUUUUCCGAAAAGGAUAGCGAAAAUUACGAAUCGAAUUUAUUGGAUUACGUAGACGAAAGAUUCUUCUGGAAUCAACACAUGUUACAAGAUAUUAUCAAUAUAGAUUCACCUCUAGCUAAAGUAUGGAUUAUGCCUAUUAUUCAAGGCUACGUUGAAAUCAAGCAAUGCAAAACUUUUUUCAAAGAAAAUCAGAAGCACGAAGUUUUCACGAUAUCAUUAAUCAGCCGUCGUAGUCGUCACAGAGUUGGUACUCGAUAUAAACGCAGAGGGCUCGAUGAACAUGGCCACUGUGCUAAUUACGUAGAAACCGAACAAAUACUCCAAUACAAAUCUCACGUAGUUAGCUUUGUGCAAAUCAGAGGUUCGAUUCCGCUCUUUUGGUCUCAGCAAGGGUAUAAAUAUCGACCUCCUCCGCAGCUUCAUAAAAGUUACGAAGAAAACCAGGUCGCUUUUGAGAAACAUCUGUCCGAAGAGAUUGAAAUGUACGGUCCAGUAGCUAUAGUCAAUUUAGUAGAGAGAACCGGUAAAGAAGCUGUGGUAGGAGAUGAAUAUGCUGAACACAUUUGUUCAUUUGAUAAUGAAAAAAUUACCUAUAUUACUUUCGAUUUACACUAUUACUGUCGUGGUAUGAAAUUUGAGAACGUAUCGUUAUUGAUCGACGAAAUACAAGAUGAAAUUAGUCGUAUGAAUUAUACUUGGGUUGAUAAUCAAGGUUUGAUUUCGAAGCAAAAUGGAACUUUUCGAGUCAACUGUAUCGAUUGUUUAGACAGAACGAAUGUUGUUCAGACUGCUAUAGCUCGAGAAGUGAUGAUGUCGCAGCUGAUAAAAUUGGGACUAAUGUCGCCGGAAGCGCCUUAUAAUUUGCUUUCAAUUACUCAACAGAUGUGGGCUAAUAAUGGCGAUGUAAUUAGCAAACAAUACGCUGGUACAAAUGCUUUAAAGGGCGACAUCACUCGAACCGGUAACAGAAAAAUAAGUGGCCUAAUGAAAGAUGGAAUGAACUCAGCCAAUCGUUAUAUCCGAAGCCAUUACGCCGAGCAUUAUACGCAGAUUUGUCUGGAAUUAAUGCAAGGUGAACCUCUAGAUUGUGAGACUUCAUUAAUUACGUUGGUAGAUUCAGUUGCGUUACCGUUACUCGAUCAAUUUAAUCUUCCUAUGUAUCAGGUCACAGAUUCGACUGAAAAUUUUGUUUUCAUCAAUGAAUUACGUGUGACCGAAUUUCUAUACUUGUUUUCGAGGUAUUAUUUGAACCGAUUCAAAGAUACGACCAGACAAGCUGCUUUGGAUAUAAUGUUGGGUAAUAAUAUCGAAGAGCAUAUCAAUCAGCAAUCUAACAGCAGUGAAGAUGACGAGGAAGAUAGCCCAGAUAGUCCGAUCAACGAAGAAGAACAUUUACUAACAAUCGAACGUAUAAAACAAGUUAUCGAAGACGUGAAAAAAUUAUUGAUCGAAGAUCCGUGUUCGGUUAUUGCAUCGUGGGCGUUAUUGAACGCCGAUUAUCAGAAUAUUCAUGAAACUUCUCAUAGCGCUGAAAUAGAUACAAUUUUAGUUUUAACACGUGCUUCCUGUUUCUUAGCAGAUUACGACGGCGAACUCGAUAAAGUAACCAAAUUCCAAGAAAUUCCUCUAAAAAAUCUCAAAUUAUUGGAAAUCAUCGUUUGGAAUAAUCCAACUAGUCCGUCAAACUCUUCUGGUCACAUGCAAAAACUAAGUCCAUCGAAGAACUCGCAAAAUACUCCGGUCUUCGUCUUACAUUAUUGUCCAAAUCCAGAAAAACCCAACGUCACGAUGCAUUAUAAUUUCAAGUCGACCAAUUUACGAUUCUUUAAUAAUAUCGCGGUCACUAUCAAAACCGACGAAGAGAAAAUAGAAUCAUUGAGAGCGAUUGCUGAAACUAUUCAAGUGGCUUAUGAAGUGGAUGGACUUGGAGAGUUGGAGCUCAAUGUGCGAAUGUUACAACGUAAAGGAUCCUUAUUGAUGCCAGAUAAUUUGAAAACUUCCGAUGUGCAGUUUUCGUCUUUGAAGAAUGUUGGUUCUAAAGCAUUAUCUAACGUUUCGCAGCAGUUCAGUAAGUUCAACAAAUUUGGCCAAAAUUUCAGAUUCUCGAAAAAUAAAGAUAAAACUGUCCCAGACACAUCGAUCGAGCUAACAGACACAAACACCUCUCAAGAAGCCUUCUUACCUACAGCUGGCAUCGUAUUAAGCAACGCAGACAUAGAAUCAGCUCUGAAAAAAGAUCCGGUUACUGGAACAUCAACCGAAUGCGUCCAACGUUGUGAUUCCGGCGCCAAUCCUGAAAUCAUUAUAGAUAAAGCUUCCGCUAGUCUUCCCCUCGGAGCUAUUUCGAGUCCAGAAGUAAAAAUGGAAAAAAGUCACUCAUCCGACGGUGUCGAUACUCUCGUACUAAAAGAACAAAUCGGACGGAGUAGUUCGGAUAAAGAUCUUUCUCUUAAUUUAUCCUCAAGUGCGCACGAAGAUAACGCUUUUCGAUCACUGAGAUCCGGAUUCACUAGCGCUACCACAGCACUGGUCAGUCCUUCGUCACCGUUGUCUAAACUUGCCAAAGGUAUGCAAAACCUUAGUUCCAAUUUGGAUCCUAGAAGGUUACGUAAUUUCGAACGUACUCAAGAAAGCUUUCAAAUCAGCGAAAAUACGAAAGUCAAGGAGAAAUGGGCCUCCACUCAAUGUAAAAGUAAAUUAAUCGCGUUAUAAUACUCUAAUCUCAGUCCUUCACUCUCUAUUUUUUGUCGUAUUUUUUAUACAACCUUCGUCCAUUUUAGAUCCAUUUCCUUUGGUUUUUCUUUUUUUGUUUUUAUUAUAUUUUGUUUUCGUUUUUUUAUGUGUCUAUUAUUAGUUACCAUACUUACAAUAUGAUGUGUAUAUCGUUAUUUUAUUCAUUUUUUUUUUCGUGAGCAGUUACGAACGAAUAAUUAGGUAUUAUUUACCCAGAUAUGCUAAAUACUGCAGUUUAGUUAAAUUAUUCAAUCAGUAUUCCCAGUUUUGAAUAUUAUCCUUAUCUUUUCUAUACGUACCCUUAUAUUACAAUCUGUAUACGUUAAAUUACAUUAGCAUAAAAUACUCAUUGUUCAUUAUCAGUGACCGGAAUACAAUGAAGUUUCGUAGUAAACUUCUUCUAGUCCAAUCCCAGUAUGCUUUCAAUCAGCCUACAUCAGUCAUUCAAUCAUUCGAAAACAUGGAAAUACGAUCUCGGAAUGAAAACUCAGCACUUACACACUCUCACCCAUAUUAUUUUCUGGUCCGACUAUUUUUAAGCUCAGAUAAUCUUAAUUUUGAAUCAUUAUAAUUUACAUAAGCUUUAUUCGCUUCAACUCACGCAUUUAAUUUAAUUUUACCCGUAUGUACUAUAGAACUUAAGAAGUUCCACUUCGAAAUCAUUCCAGGAAAUUUUUGCUCCGCUGCUACAAACUUCAUAUUUACACAGAAUUGAAAAAUACAAUACGAAUGCGAAUGUUUUUUAAUACGUAAUUUUUUUCAACAUGUCCUCUGGCCCGUCAAUUAUCUACCGUUACCUCUUUUACGUGCAUUUCAUUCUUGGUUUCGAUAUCAUGAAAAAGUUUUCCAACAUUUUUGUUUUAUACGACGUUGCAAAAAUUUCUUUGUUAUUUUUAUAUUCAUCUGGUUCUAGUCGGUUGUGAUAUUUUAAUUAUUAUAAUAGCGUUCCAUUUUUUCAUCCGGUGUAUCUUACUGUCGGAAAGUUCAAUCGUAUGGAAAUUCAAAUAGAAAUAACGAAAAUUUUUUCAUAGAAAUUUGGAACAGUUUGGCUUCAGAUAGGUACUUGAAUUUAACUGUAUCUUGAAGUCAGAAGGUUCUAAAAGUACCUUCAACGAAUAUGUUAUUUUACUCUUACCCAUCCAUUUUAUACAUCUAAAGUAGGUACCUACAUAAAUAAUAAUUCAAAUGAUAUUACUUAAUUUUUCCCUACGUUGAUAUACACUAUCUACUUAUAGUAAACGUUAUUUUCUUGGUUCGUGAACUUUUUUUCUUAUCGUUUCAAUUUAUAGGACUUAUAUACAUGAGUGAUAUUUCGCGUACAAGGUAUUUUUUUUUCAGACUAGUUUUUCAACUAGGUUAAAAUUUAACCAUCGUCUUGUUCUAACUCUAAGUAGUGAUUUUACAAGCUUUAAAUCUACUUCGGGUAGUUCAUAAAUUAGCGAAAUUUUAUUGGUUAAAUUUUACCCCUAUGACAUAAUAAUUAUGUAUGUGUACCUACUGUGUGUAGGUAACUGAAAAACUAGCUUUUUAUAGGUUAAGAUUUCUAUUACCUACGGAGCUUCUCUUAACUUAUAAGAAAUUUAUAUUAGUUGAUUGUGUAUGCACGUUCACGUGUAUUGUUUUACAUUAAAGCUUGCUUGUGUAUCUGUU